AUGUUUUCUCCCGUGACAGAGGCCGAGACGCGUCAGAAAUUGCUGCGCAAUGUGAAGAAAGAGGUGAAACAAAUUAUGGAGGAGGCAGUAACGAGGAAAUUUGUGCACGCAGACAGCAGUCACAUCAUAUCCUUCUGUGCCGUAGUGGAGGCCUGCGUGCUUCAUGGAUUAAAGCGUCGUAUUGCAGGCCUGCUGUGCAGCAACAAGGUUGCAGCGCUCUUCAUGAAGGCGGCAAAAAGCUUUUUGCCUGCCGAGGAACUCUGCCACAAGGUCCAGGAGCUGGAACAGCUCAUUGAAAACAGCAAGCAGAACAAUUCUUCACUGAGUAAUGACCGCGGCCGGCAAUCCAAGUUGGCCAACCUCCCCCCUCAGGCACUAAAACACCUGUGGAUCCGAACUGCACUUAUGGAGAAGCUCCUGGACAAGAUUGUCCUGUACUUGGUGGAGAACAGCAGUGCCUUCUAUGAGAAAGAAGCCAUGCUGCUGGAUCCUGUGGAUGGACCAAUUCUUGCAUCUCUAUUGGUUGGCCCUUGUGCUUUGGAGUACACCAAAGUUAAGACCGCUGACCAUUUCUGGACAGACCCAUCUGCUGACGAGCUUGUGCAGCGGCACCGCAUCCACAGCGGCCACUGUCGGCAGGAUUCACCCUCCAGACGGCCUGCCCUGAUCCAGAAGAGGCAGUCCAGUGGGAGCAUGGAUGAUCGCCCUCUCAUGUGGGUGAGGGAUUACGUUGAAUCACUCCACCAAAACUCCAGAGCCACACUUCUGUUUGGAAAGAACAAUGUCCUAGUGCAGCCGAGAGAUGACAUGGAGGCCAUCCCAGGCUACCUUUCUCUUCAUCAAACUGCAGACCUCAUGACACUGAAAUGGACGCCCAAUCAGCUGAUGAAUGGCAAUCUAGGGGAGCUAGAUUCUGAGAAAAGUGUUUAUUGGGAUUAUGCCAUGACAAUUCGUUUGGACGAGAUUGUGUAUCUCCACUGUCAUCAGCAAGUGAACAGUGGUGGGACAGUAGUUUUGGUGAGCCAGGAUGGGAUCCAGAGACCUCCUCUACAUUUCCCCAAAGGAGGCCACCUCCUCCAGUUUCUCACCUGCCUGGAGACCGGGCUGCUACCUCAUGGACAGCUGGACCCACCACUCUGGAAUCAGAGAGGAAAGGGAAAGGUUUUCCCCAAACUGCGAAAGAGGAGUCCACAUGGCUCAUGUGAUUCUGUGUCAGAUAAGGAAGACGAUGAAGCAACCGAUUAUGUGUUUCGGAUCCUAUUUCCUGGCAAUCAGAUGGAGUACAUGGCUCUGGAGCUGAUGGACCAGGGCGUGAACAUGUGGCAACCGACGCCCAGAAAGUCCUCGUGCUCCUCCUGCUCACAGAAUGGCUCUUCUGAUGGCUCUCUGCUUAAUGGCUGUAAUCAGGAAAGGGCUCCCUUAAAGCUCCUUUGUGACACAAUGAAAUACCAAAUAAUCUCCCGAGCUUUCUAUGGAUGGCUUGCAUACUGCCGCCAUCUGUCUACAGUUCGUACCCACCUUUCUGCUCUGGUCAACACCACUAUAGUUGACCCUGAUGUGCCCUGUGGUGCCAGUGGAGGCCUCUCUGUGGAGGUCUGGGGCAGGUUCCUUAAGGACAGCACUGCGUAUGAGGAAAAGGAGAUACACAGGCUUGUAUAUUUUGGUGGUGUGGCUCCUUCACUACGCAAAGAGGUCUGGCCCUUCCUGUUGGGACACUAUCAGUUCACCAUGACUGAGAAAUGCCGGCUAGAGAUUGAUGAGCAGAUGCGGACAAUGUAUGAGCAGACUAUGAAGGAGUGGCAAGGUUGUGAGGCCAUUGUCCGUCAGAGGGAGAGAGAGAAACAUGCAGAGGCCCUCGCCAGAUGUUCGUCUGGAGCCAGUGUGGAAAGAGGACCAGUGCAGCGGGAUUCGACUAUCAGUACAGAUUCGUCUCUCAGUAGCAGCUCAGAUCAACAGAAUGCCCACUCGCAAAGUGAUUCAAGCAGUAGCGCCCAGGUGUUUCUAUCAGUUGAGGCAGUGGAUCCAAUUGAGUCCAGGGCUGAGGAAGGUGUAGUACAGCACAGCAGUCCACUGAAGGACAUCAUGAGUGACACUGCAGAUCUACAACAUCCCUCCUGCAACCCCUCCUCCCAAAGCCUGUCAAAUCAACGUCCAGGUUCAGAAAACAAUCCUCUUGUAACGGAGUCAGCUGCUGGAUCUACAACCUCUCAGCAGACAGUGGAAGCAUCAGAGGUCUUAAAUGAGAAAACUACAACUGGAUCAGAGCCAGUAGGGGAGAAUGUAAUGGGCCCUGUAGCCAAGGACAAGGUUUCAGAGACAAAGAUGGAGACAGUUUCAGAAAGUGAGGUGGUUAAGGACUGUGGGAUCAGUAAGUCUCAAGAGGCAUCUAAAUCUGAGGAAAAACCAGAAGUCAAAGAAAAAGAUAUAACAACAAAUGAGCGAUCUGAAGAUUUAAAAGCAGUAGACACAAAUAAGAAUUUAAGAUGUAUUCCAGAGAACACUAAUGUCCUAAAGCUAGAAACAGAGAUUCAUAACGAAUAUUUCCAAGCACCUCCACUUGGGCAGACCCUGACCUUCCAAGCACACAAGGGCAAAGAUCUGGAAGUGGAGCCAUUAUGUCUGGCUACAGCAGAAAAAAAUACUAAUCCACCGACUGGAAAAAAGCCAGAGAUUCCUGCAAAACCUGAAACAACUUCUGACAAAAACACAUCACAACUGACAAAGGCCUGUUCCACGGAGUCAGAAAGAAAUGAUGCUGAAGCAGCAGUUUCUGACUUGGCUGAAACCAAAAAAGCUGCAGAAAUUCCGUUUGAGAAAGCUGGUUCAAAUUCACCUGUCAGACACGUACUGAAUGCUCUUCAGUCAGCGUCAAGGGGGAGCCUUUCAUUAUCAUCCCACUCACGGCAGUCUCCAGACACAGCAGAUUCAGACGACUCUCCUUCUGCCCUGGAAAUGGAGGAGAUUCCUGCAGGGAUAACAUGUGUGACCUCUGAGAAUAUCAAGGCACGGCCUUUGGCAGGCCUUGCCGCACCCCCUAUCUUCUUUGCACAAAGAGAGAAAAUGGCAUCAGUGGACCUUGUCCUAGAUCACCAUCUGGACACAGCUUGUAACACCAGUCCUGAGGGCACCGACUUGGGCCUUUCGGAAGAUGAGCCUGAGAUGGAAAAUGUGCUCACUGAACCAGAGUCUGCAGAGGUCGGAGGAGACACCAAACAUGAUGAAUCCUCAGAAGAACAAAUCUAUUCUCAAGAAACACUGGACAUGUACUUGAUCAAUUUACAUCGCAUUGACAAAGAUGUCAGACGUUGUGACAGGGCAUAUUGGUACUUCACUUCUGAGAAUCUGGACAAGCUGCGUAACAUCAUGUGCAGUUACGUGUGGCAACAUCUGGAGAUAGGUUACGUCCAGGGCAUGUGUGAUCUGCUGGCUCCUCUGCUGGUUAUUCUGGACGAUGAGGUCAUGGCAUUUAGCUGUUUCACUGAACUGAUGAAGAGGAUGAACCAGAAUUUUCCUCAUGGAGGCGCCAUGGACUCUCACUUUGCCAACAUGCGUUCUCUUAUCCAGAUCCUGGACUCUGAGCUGUUUGAACUGAUGCAGCAGAACGGAGACUAUACUCAUUUCUACUUCUGUUAUCGUUGGUUUCUGCUUGACUUCAAAAGAGAAAUGGUGUAUGAUGAUGUGUUCUCCGUGUGGGAAACAAUCUGGGCGGCCAAGUACACCUCCUCUGAGCACUUUGUGCUCUUCAUUGCUCUGGCACUCGUGGAGAUGUAUAGAGACAUCAUCCUGGAAAAUAACAUGGACUUCACAGACAUCAUCAAGUUCUUUAAUGAAAUGGCAGAGCGACACAACGUCCCGCAGGUCCUGAUGAUGGCUCGAGACUUGGUCCACAAAGUGCAGACUCUCAUAGAAAACAAGUGACGAUGCUGUUUGGCUGCUGCUCCCACGUUUCCUUGUGCUGAAUUGUUUCAAGAUACGGACACGCCCACAUAACAGUCAUGUAUUUAAGGGGAAAGGAAUCAAUGUUAAUGAAAUACAGUGAUUGGUAAGUACUGAAAAGACUGGUAAUUAAAACUGCUCGUUAUUCUAAGACAGUUGUGCAACAGCUUCUCUCCGGUUGCUCCUUUCUAUAUUCAGGAGAUGCAACUAUUGCCAGUAAAUGUAUUUUUAAAGUGUUAUUGUUCACCUAGUGAAUGUACCCUUGUUGAAACUGCUUCAGGAUGUUAUUUAUUUUGCCUUAAAUCUAGAUAUUUUUUCAGGGAUACCACAACCAAAUUCUUCAUUGUAUUGUCAUUCCACAUAUUUCACGAGGUUAACGUUGUUUAAUAACUACCAUGCAUCUUGUAAUACACUUGAAUAUAUUUCCAGUAUUAUUAUUUUGCUGAA